UUCGCUGGUCGGCUCAAGCAACGAAACCCAACGCGAAAGAUAUCGACGUCAAUCAGCCCCACGGGAAUUUGGUCGCAAGCCGGAGGAUGAUUCAGAAUUGAUACGACGAUACGAAGACCGAGGCGACGAGUUACGCGGGAUACCCACGGCACCUGCGUCUGUGCUCGAGACAGCAGCCCGCGACGACGGCAGAUCCCUCCGUGGGCUCACCACCCUUUCUCUCGCCCUCCAUCGCGAGCUAUUAAUACCGGAUCUCUGCCAAGAUGUCUACAGUCGAAGAUCCUUUCGUCUCCCACUCCCGGGAGGGGAUGGCUUCUCGCGAUUCGCACAAGCUUUCUUCCUUCGACACGCAAUUGUUCGGUUUGAAUGCAUCCUCUCCGGCUCAGGCCAAACGGGCGCUUGAGGCCCAUCUGGCGGAAACGGAGCGCCGACUCGAAGAGGCAGGCAAGCUGGGCACGGCUCUGAUUGAGCAGCAGAAGCAGCUCGAAGAAAAGCUGCGAGAAGUGGAACAGCAGCAGCAGGAGGAGGGCCAGAUUGGUCCCGAUCUACGUCGCAAGUUGGCCGACCUGGAGAAAGAGUACAAUGAGAUCGGCCGGGAAACGGCACGCGCAUUCCUCGCCCCGAAACGUUUGGCAAGCGGUGAAGAUGGCCACUUUGGGACUCCGCAUGGGCAGAAGUCACCCAUCAGCACGGCUCUCUUCGCCGGCCAAGCCACCCCCUCGCCCAGCAAGGUCAGCGUUCCGUCUCGAAAGCAGCGCAACCAGCCCUCCAACCGUGUUCAUGAUAUUGAAUUCGCUACCGAGAUCUCUACCUCUCUCCUUGCCCAGGUGCGCCAACUGCAGGCCCUGCUCGCCGAGCGUGAGGAGGCUCUCAAGAAUGUCAACCUUGAAAAGUCGCGACUCGAACUUGAGGCGGAGGGCUAUGCGCAACGCAUCAGGAUCCUGGACGAGAGCGAAGAACGCUACAAAGAUGAAAAUUGGACCUUGGAGACUCGAACCCGUGAACUGAUGACAGCCGCCAAGGAAGCUGCUGACCGGGAAAGCCGACUGAACAGCAGCCUGGGGGCUUUGGCUUCAGAGAAGAGCGCUGUGGAACGAGAGCUGGAAGAGCUGAGGCAGGCAAAUGCGAAGUUGAUCGAGGAUCAGACCGCGGCGCAAAAAGCCAACGAUGCUGAGAUCCACCUUCUGCGUCGGAAUCUGCAUGCGGGAGAUGCUGAGAAGCUUGCGUUGCAGCAGAAAGUCGAGGAGCUGAACUCUCAGAAUGAGGAACUUGCCAGGGCGGUGGCCAUGCGCCUCCGCCAGCAAGAACAAGAGCUUUCUCGUGAAGUCCAUAGGCAUCCAGACUCGGACGACCAAGAUCAAUCGACUCCUGAGAACUCCCCGCCCCCGUCCCCGAACAAGUUCACGCCGCGGCACAACCACCUCGAAACGGAGACGUUGAAGAGCUCGCUCGGUCACGCCCACCGCAUGAUCCAGAACCUCAAGAGCACCAUCCAUCGCGAAAAGACCGAGAAGAUCGACCUGAAGCGCAUGCUCCAGGAAGCCCGUGAUGAGAUUGAGCAGAAGCGCCGUGAAUCCACUGCCACCACCGGUCCUACCAGCAAACGCCAGAAGACCAAGCCAGACCCUGCACGCAAGGCCCCCCGGCCGGAUCUCCUGGGCGCUGGUCGGAAGAGGGCGGAGAUCGAGAUCCAUGAAUCAGACUGGGAGGACAAUGCUACUGACGCCAGCCCCUCUCACAAAGCCGCUCUCAAGGCCUCCCGGGCGCGCAUGGGAGGACAGUCCUCCGCAGAACCGAGUGAUGCAUACCAGACCGCUACCGAGGCAGACGACAGCUUUGAGACUGCCACCGAACGCGGAACAGCCACCGAAAGCGACGCGUUCCAGACUGGUCUCGAGAGCAUGGCUGAUGACAGCACGGAUAGCGGCGAGCUCACGGAGACGGACAACCGGCUGCAGCGGACUCCACGCGGACGCGUCUCCUCGUUCACAAUGGCCAAGACUCGCGACAGGAAAGUCUACGAGAGCACCGCGUCCAAUUCUAGUGACGAGGACAUGAUCGACGAGGAAGGCUUCCCAUCGCCCACGAGUCAAAUCAGUCCUCGGUACAGGGUGCGGAACAAGAGGAGCAUUGUGCGGAGGAUUCGUCCCUCUGGCGAAGCUCCUAUGGCUUCCAAUAGCAGACCUUCUACCGCUCGCGAUUCUCCCGCUACCAGCUUCCUGCAAAGCUCAGCCAGCCCUGAAGGGCAGAGUCUUUUCAUGGAGCUUGCUGAGUUGGAUGGAGACGAAGAUCAGGAGGGUGACUUUGGACCCCCUAUGCGAUUCGACACGGCCUCGCAGGCCUCGACUCCGCGCAUGCUCCCCGCUUACGACUCAAGACGUCCAUCGGAAGCCGUGCUUACUGCUGUGCCGAGACCUGUCAUGGUUGAUUCCGCUAUGAUGACAGAUCCGUGGGAGCCCGCCGUACCCGCUACAGUCACUGCUAUCCCGAAUGGUGAAGAGAUGAACAAGGAUGUGCAAGAGUCGUCCUCGAAGCUGUCCAUGUCUGAUACUGGCACUGCGACGGAGGAACCGCAGAAGCCCGAAUUGGCGCAUGCUUCCACCCAGUGGACCGUCCCGGACUCCGAGGCGAUCGCCGCCGAGAUCUCGAAAGAAUUGGAGCAACCAUCAGUUCAGUCGCAACUAGAAGUCUCUUCUGUCGCUUCUGAGGAGACUGCUCCAUCUCCGCCGAGGCGCUCUCCUCUGACUACCGCAUAUGCCAUCGGAGUCACGACAGAACCCGUUGCCUCUGUUGUCCCUGCACCACCUGAGAUCGCAUUGUCCCCGAUCUCCUCUUCGUCCACUGAGCCGAUCAGACCUGAACCGGCAUACGUCCCCACCGUGGCGCUGUCGACACUCUCGUCUCAACACACUUUGCCCAUUGCGGCGGCCCUCCCUGAGCCUGCGCCGGUGGUAGCCCUUGCUGAGCAUGGCACCAAUACUGAGGCUGUGGCAUUUGCCACCUCGUCGAUCUACUCAUCGCAAACCGAGCCUGUGGCAGCUAUUCCUCGACCACUCCCAAUGGUUGAGCCUGUCGUCAUUGAGAAGCGCGUUGAAGUGGAACGAGAACGUGAGCUUCCAGCAUUGAGUCUGUCGUCGAUCGAAACCCAGCAGACGGAGCCAGUUGCGGCUGUUCCUCAGCCCCUCCCAGUGGUCGAGCCCGUGNNNAUUGAAAAGGUUGUUGAAGUUGAGCGUGAACGUGAGCUUCCAGCAUUGAGUCUGUCGUCGAUCGCCACACAGCAGACAGAACCCGUCUUACCGGCUGUUGAGCGGAGUGUAGACCCAGAACCUGAGCUUCCACAAUUGGCUGUAUCCUCGGUCUUCUCGCAAGAAACCGAGCCCGUGAUGGCUACCCUGCAACGGUCGGCUGAGCCGGAGGUAGCAGCUGCUGUUGAGCGGGAGAUUGCCGAGCCCAAGCUUGCAGAUUUGAAUCUCUCUCUCAUUGCGUCGGAAAGCACGGAACCAGCUGCACCGCAGUUGCACGAGAUCCCGGUGGUCGAAGCCCCUCAAAUAUCGCUAUCCGAAGUGCACGCGGUGGAGACGAGCCCCGUCAAACAUGUUCCGUCGGCAGUUGCGGUGCCCCCGGUCCAGCUGAUGGAUGAAAACGCGCCACCAAAUCACAGCAUGCAUAUGGUCAAGGGUCUCCCUGCUGCUGAACUGCCAUUGCUUGUGGUCAACGAUGACAGUCCAAGGAAGAAUGCAGCCAGUGGUACAAACGGACCGGAGCCAGACUCCACUCUGCCUCUAGGUGCCAUCUCUGGCAAUGUUGUCCCACGCCACACGCGACAGCGGUCGUCUAGUCGGACGGAACGGGCUGACCAGGGUGCGCAAACAAUUCUGUCGUCGAAGCAGAUUGACCAGCUGCUCAUGGAUCGUGUCACCGCCCGGCCACUCUCUCCUCCGGACAGCGACAAAGCCAAGGAACAGAACACCUCACCGUUUGCCACACCCCGAGCACGCACUCGUCCCACUCAUCAGUCCUCUCAAUCCUCUCUCCCAACCCACCAGCUCAGGCCGGGCAGUUCGCUUAGCCAUACGUCAAGCAUCCAGAGCCACCCAGCUUUGCCUCACGACCACAAGGAGAUGAUCAUGGCAGCCGAGAAACAAUCAUUGGAUCAACGGCCAGGUUCUCCCACCUUGAUGGGCCCUCCUCUUGCGCCAGCUUCCGCUCACAGGACCAACGUGAGCCAGCGCCCGCGGACUCCCAACGAGCAGGGUCUCCGAGUCAGCUCGAUGUCCACGACGACCUCCCGAGUCAAGUUGAGAAGCGAGAGCCACAGUCACAUCUCACGGCGGUCGUCAGUGUCAUCCUUUGCAUCUGAGAUCGACGAGCGAUUCGCUGCGCAGCCCAUUGGUCCUCAGGGCUAUGCCGCCGGUACAGACCCGAGGAUGAUCCAGGCUAUUACACAAACGAUGAUUGGCGAGUUUCUGUGGAAGUACACUCGCAAGACUGUCACGGGCGAGGUGUCCAGCACAAGACAUCGACGCUACUUCUGGGUUCACCCCUAUACACGUACGCUGUACUGGAGUGCGCAGGAUCCCCAGACCGCUGGCACGCGUGAACUGAAGACCAAGAGUGUUCCCAUCGAGGCUGUUAGAGUCGUGCCUGAUGACAACCCUUACCCCCCUGGCCUGCACUGCAGGAGUCUGGAGGUGGUCAGCCCAGGCCGCCGGGUUCGCUUUACAGCAACCACCAGUCAGCGACACGAGACUUGGUUCAACGCCUUGUCGUACCUGCUUCUGCGCAACUCGGCCGAGAAUGGCGAAGAACAGGAGGGCAACGCUUCGUUGGAAGACAUCGAUGAAUUCAACCCUGAGUUCCGCUCACGCUCCCGCCAGACCUCAAGACUCUCAUUCUCCUCCUCGCGCAGUCGUACUGCACGAAACUGGCCGAAGGAGCGGGCUGGCUCUACCAUUUCAUCCCGUCGCACCCUAACGCCGGGACGAGGCUCCCCUUCGCUUGCUGCACCGUCAUCGUUCACUGAGCAAAGGAACGGCUCUAGCUCGCGGCUCAGCACAAUUCUGAACACGACGAUCAAGGGCUCGUUUGGUCGCAAGGGUCCGCGCUAUGCCAGCUCGAGUGUUCAUGAAGGAAGCAUACACACCCGUGACAGCCACGAUGACUUUCGACAUACGAUGGAGAGACAAGAAAGCCAGGGGGACCGACUCGAGAACGUGCGAGCGUGCUGUGAUGGCAAACAUGAUGUCAGUGCCUUGUCCAGGACAAGUAAAUAUAGCCCGCGGGUGAACCGGAUUCAUUCCCAUCAUUAACGCACUUGAGAAUUGAGCUGCGUCGAUCGGCGGGGCUCUUGCCUGCAGCUGUGGUUUGUUUCUGCACGAGUCUCUUUAUCAGCAUCCCAUUGUUCUC